UUAUUCACCAUUUACUGUUUCUGCUAUUCCUGUGUGAUUAUUAUUAUUUGUGUGUCCUCUUCUAUUUUAUAAUUUAACUAAAUUUCCUAUUUUAUUUAAUUGACAAAUUUUUGCAACUAUUCACGUUGAAUACUGCAGAAAUGAUAAAGUGCCUAGUCUAUUUGUAUUUAUUGUGUGCCAUUGGGUGUUUAGUAUUACAAGUCGUUGCUGAAACUGAACAAGUUGCACCUGAAACAGAAGAGCAGUUAGAGCCGCAAUGUUCACAAGUCAAACGACAUGAUAUCGAGACGCACUUAUCUACGAAAACUCCUUAUCGUGUAGUGGCUAACCUGGACGAUGAACCGAUCGAGUAUCCGGAUUGUCGUCCAACGCGUAUGUGGUCAGUCAUAAGACAUGGAACUCGAAAUCCUAGCAAAGAACAUAUUGAAAAAGCAAAGUCGAUACUAACUCGAUUGAAGGAAUACAUUUUAUCGAAACCGAAAACUAAGUUAUGUCCGAAGGAAUUGGCACGUUUUAGUCUUUGGGGUUUUGAUGUCGAUAACGAAGAGGAGAAAUAUCUUACAACUGAAGGGGAAUACGAGCUGAUGGGAUUAGGGAAGCGAAUGCGAAAUCGUUUUCCAAAACUAUUACUUAAUCAUUUUGAUCCUGAUAUAUAUUUUUUUAAAUAUACGAAGACGCAGCGCACGCUAAAGAGCGCAGAGAGUUUUGCCGCUGGUCUUUUUGGAAGAGAAAACGUUGGACCAGUAGUAUACCCCGAAGCUGAGCAUAAGGAUCCAGUUUUAAGGUUUUAUAAACUUUGCAACAAAUGGAAAAUCGAUGUUGAUAAAAAUCCAAAGACAUUUGACAAUUCAGAACGUUUUCUGCAUGAACCCGAAAUAAUUGAUGCCGUUAACUAUAUACGUCAUCGCACACAAAUUCAAAAUAUCACAGCCGAAGACGCCAAGCUCAUUUAUACGAUAUGCGGUUUUGAGACAGCUUGGCAUCGUGGCCAAGAGCCCUCUGUGUGGUGUAGUCUAUUCAAUCAGGACACAAUUAAAGCUUUCGAAUUUUUCGAAGAUCUCGAGUAUUUCUGGAAUGACGGUUAUGGCUAUGAAAUCACCCAUCGCAUGGCCUGUGCAGCGAUUCAAAAUAUGUUUGAAUAUAUUGAUCCAACAUCGAACAAAUCAAAUGUCACCUUUUACUUUACACACUCUGGUACUCUGUUGAAGGUUUUGGCUCAUCUUGGUCUUUAUAAAGAUGCCGAGCCUUUGACCUAUCGUGAUUUUGGGCGUGAACGCGCUUGGCGCACCAGCAUGAUCGACGCAUUCGCAACGAAUUUAGCUUUUGUGCUCUAUGAGUGUAAUAAUGAAAAUGGUCCAAUGGUAUUAACGUUGCAUCAAGAACGCGCCAUACGCUUGCCCGGCUGUCCACAGGAUCAAGAUCUCUGCAGCUUGAAAACACUAAAAACGCAUUAUGAACAACAGAUUUCGCAUUGUGACUUUGACGAGCUUUGCAAUAUACAUCAGCAUGACGAGAAUUGAAUAGAAUUGGAAAUAAUAUGAAAAUUUCGCUGACAGAGUGCUAUAUACCGCGUAUACUCCUUAAUACACCAGUUUUUAAUUAAUUUGCUGUUCUUGAAUAAUUUCGGCUACGAAUUGUGAAUUGUGAUUAUUGUUGUGCUCAGAAACUGUCAAAUGUCUUGGAUUAACAAAUGUGCAAAAAAAACAACAAACAAAACACAAAAAUGAAUUAGCAACUAAAUACAGCGACGCAACUAAUUUUGCUUAUACACAAAACUAAAAUUGAUAACAGCGCUGAAGAUGCAUAUACACACACACACACACAAAGAAGAAGUUUACAAAAAAUAUAUAUUUACAUAGUUAUAUAAAAAUGGUUUAUAUGAAAGCAAAAAAGAAAACACAUUUAAAACAACAAAAAUAAUAACAACAACUAGUAAUAAUAAUAAGCUAACAUAUAUACAAGAUGCAUACAUAUUUUCGUCUCAUAUGUAAAUAAACACGACGCUAAUGUACAUUUACAUACAUAUGUACAUUUAUGUAGUGCAAUUAAGUUAAAUAGUGUUUGUAGUGAUUAUCUUAUGCAAGAAACAAAACAAACAAAAAAACAAACGUUAACAGCAGCUAUAUUGUAACUUUACAGUUUAAGUUACCGCAAAGUGAACAAUAUGGUUUAAUUAAGAUUCGAUAAUUUGUAAAUUAAAGUGCAUACAACUAAACAUAGUCACGGCUAACUUGAGUUUUCUUCUUUGUUAACACUAAAAUUUUGUUGUAUAUAAAGAAAAUAUAUAUAUUUUUUUUUAAUACAAUAUUAGUCAGUUUGAAGUCGGUUGCAAAAAUUAAAAUUAAAAAUGUGCUAGCACGAUUUAAUGAACAAAAAUCCAAUUCAUGCUGCUUGAGUUGCGUGCAAAACCAUUUUCAUUGCAAUUGUGUGGCAUAAGUUAAAAUAUAACCUCAAAAUUGCAUACUGUUUCAAUUGGCUACAUUUGUAAAUGUAAAUUUUUAUAUAAUCAUAAGUUAUAAUUUGCGAAAUAGGCAUACAAUACGGGACGUGAAAUAAAACUCUAAAUUUAGUAUUUAUAAAAACACAUACAACAUACUAUAUAUUAUACAUAUAUAUAUUUAAAUAGGUAAAAUGCCUAUUGUCAGCCAAAAUAAUUAAGGGCGCAUUUUGAAAAUGUAUUCCGUUAAGUGCGUAUAACAAAGUUAAUUUAUAUGCAAUAAUUCAUUUGAUUACAAAUAAAAAAUAAAAAACACUUAAGGCAAACGGAAUAUAUAGAAGAAUAACAGUAAAAAAGUGAACGCAGUACGCAGUAAUGGUAAAUAAAAGAAAUAAACAAAAAUUUAAAUUUGAACUGGCUGCAAAAAUUCAACAUUAAAUUUAUUGUUGCUUUUUAAAGCGCGUUCAACUAAUUUGUUUCGCCAUACUUACUGUUAUUUAUCAGUUAAACUGAAAGUAAACGAACAAAAGCAUAAUUUGCAACAAACACCUUUACACUUAAUAUAAAUAAUUAGUUUCAGCAUACACUUUAAUAAAAAAAAAAACAAA